GUUUCCUAUGCGCGACCAAGUUCAGCUUCUAUCAGAGAUGCAAAUUUGUAUGUUAGUGGACUUCCAAAAACAUUGAUUCAGAAAGAUCUGGAACAGCUCUUUUCCCAAUACGGACGCAUUAUUACUUCUCGUAUUCUGGUUGACCAAGUCACUGGGGUAUCAAGGGGCGUGGGGUUUAUCCGGUUUGACAAGCGAAUUGAAGCAGAAGAAGCUAUCAAAGGCUUGAAUGGCCAGAAACCUCCAGGUGCCACAGAGCCCAUCACUGUAAAGUUUGCUAACAAUCCAAGCCAAAAAACCAACCAGGCCAUCCUUUCCCAGCUGUACCAUUCUCCAAACAGAAGAUACCCGGCGUCUCUAGCUCAGCAGGCUCAACGAUUUAGGUUGGACAAUCUGCUCAACAUGGCUUAUGGAGUAAAGAGGUUUCCUCCAAUGACCAUUGAUGGAAUGACCAGUUUGGCUGGAAUUAAUAUCCCUGGACAUGCAGGAACUGGAUGGUGUAUUUUUGUAUACAAUCUGGCCCCUGAUGCUGAUGAGAGUAUCCUCUGGCAAAUGUUUGGACCCUUUGGAGCAGUAACCAAUGUGAAGGUCAUCCGUGACUUUAACACUAACAAGUGCAAAGGAUUUGGAUUUGUGACUAUGACAAACUAUGAUGAGGCAGCUAUGGCAAUAGCCAGCCUGAAUGGAUACCGCCUUGGGGACAGAGUAUUGCAGGUCUCCUUCAAAACAAACAAAACGCACAAAGCCUAACAAGUUAUUCUCAGUGCAUUAAUACAUGAAAACUAUACAACAACGGCAAUUUACAAGAAGCUUUAUGCAUUAGUAAAUGCCUUUGUUGUAUGUCAGUGUGGAUAUGGGGAUAAAAUGACUACUUAGCAUCCUAAGAAUAUGUGAGAUUUUUUAUUGCUAAUAUUUGAAUUAAAAGUUCUUAAAUAUCUUUUGUGUUUGAAUAUUGAAAAGAGGUACAGGGUUUUUACCUGUUACAAUGCAUAUUCUAUUGCCUUCUUUGAAGAAGGUGGACCUUUUCAAAUGUUUCAGCUGAGGAAAGAAGUUUUUUGUUAUUACAUGACUGCCUUUUAAAAUAUAAGUAAAUAUUGAGGCUUUGUGUUAUACUUUUUAACUUUUUUUAUUUUAUUUGCCUUGUGUUUAACAUAACGUUUUGAUGCAUUGCUGUUUUGUUGUUCAAGAAAAGUAUUUGAGGUUUACAUUUUAUUUAUAAAGUUAUAAGCAGUAUUUAUUUUAUAAUUAUCAUUUGGGUUGGGGAAUGGGAACACAUUAUAAAAGCUUAUUGUAAGAAUACUGGAGAACUUUUCGUAAAGCAGUACCUUGCCAAAGAGAUAAGAGCCUCUUUGAUGUGGGUUUAAAAAAGCAUCUAUUUUUA